CAUAUCAAGUGAAUAGUAGCAUUUGUAAAUGUAAGGAUUGACUAAGAUGAUAUCCAAUACGAUUAUACGUAAAAGGUGUAGAAUCCCCUGCCUGAUACAUUGAUGAUAUUUUUGUGCAGCAACACCAUGCAUAUUUCCUGACGGACUAAAAGGUGUUUGGAUAACAUCCGAUCAGGCAAUCUUUCGAAUUAAUUCCUCAACGCUUCACGGAUAUCCCGUCAAUAUUCCUGGAUUUCGUACCCUCGAUUUUACAUGUGAAGAUGUCCAUAACACCAAAUACGUAUUGAGGUCCGUACAGCAGAAAAUUGUAUUCGGACAGGCUGUGAAUAUGUUUGUUUGUCUGGAUAUUCGCCCUACUCAGGAUAACUACAUCUAUUAUAUCGGAACAGAGUUCGAAAGUUUCUUGAACGAUGCCUUGGUAGGAAGUAUCAAUUCAACUGUGACAAAAGACGAAGUAUGUGACCGUCCCGAACCGUUUGAUGGUAGUUCAGCGGUCAUGCUUGUAAAAAACACCUCAUCAGUACAAGGUAUCCCUUGUCCACCAAGCACGUUUUUCUCUUACAACUCAUUGUCUGUCGUCGAAGGAAUUAAUGUUACACAUUGUCCUGAGAGUCGACUGGAAGUCUGUGAUGACACAACACGCAUGCGCAUUACUAUCAACAACACAUGUGGAUCUGCUAUAGCAACCAUCGCGGAUUUCUCUUGUUUGUAUUACGUCGAAAGUAGCAAUAUGACUUACCUCUAUAUGGAAACGGACGAUCGGAACAUGAUGACUCUUCAACAUAACAUCGUGUGUGCUGAGAUGUAUAAUGAUAAUGAUGGACUGAUUGUGAAGGUGUAUGAGGAAUACUGCAACGAUUUAAUGGUCACUGACUCUAUCGUAUCUCUCAGAUUAACGUCUAAAGAAAACUGUCAUCAGGAUCAAACGGAUGCUGCAACAACACCCUCGUCGUCCGUGCCAAAGGAUAGUUCGUUUUCUAUUUACUUUGUUAUCGGAGGAGUUAUCGUUCUUUGUAUUGCCAUCGCUGUUAUCAUCGCCAUUAUCAUCUCUCGACAAAAAAUGUGUUUUCAAUGUCGUCUACAACCGCAGAUACCUGAAUCUGGUCAACAAUUUACAGACAUUAACUUAUAGCAUUCUAGCAAAUUGGCAUUAAACUGGAGAAAAUUCCUUACCUGUCAUUCAAGAUGCUUUAACUUAAUCAGGUGACCCCUACGUCACCUUUGACUCUUCAAUGUUGAUAAUCCCAUAACAAACAGAAAAUAUUUUCAAAACAGUACGUAAUUAUUUGCAAUGUAUAACCGAUUGCUUAGAUUAAAUGACGAGUACACCUCGGCAAAAAUCAGUGAUGCGAUUUUAUUUCUUGUAUAAUUGUCUAGUGUAACUGCUACUUAGUUAUGGACGUAUAUCCGUUGGAAUAAUUCAACGAAGCAAUAUGUCUCAUAGUUUGGUUAAU